AUGACUCAGUCCAGGACCAAUGACAACACACACUUUUGUUAUGAAUCCUCAAACAAGUCUUGUACAAAGCAUGAUUAUUCAACCACAAUAAGGGCUCCUCUGUAUCUUUUAUUAGGGUGCAUCAUAAUUCUCACUGUAUUUGGCAAUCUGUUUGUCACCAUUACCAUAGCUCAUUUUAAACAGCUCCACACUCCUACCAACUACCUUGUCCUCUCUCUGGCUGUGACUGACUUCCUUCUUGGAGCAGUCAUCAUGCCCCCUAGCAUGGUUCGCUCUCUGGAGACUUGCUGGUAUCUUGGAAAUAUUUUCUGUAAAAUACACACCAGCACUGAUACUAUGCUUAGCACUAUAUCCAUUCUAAACCUUUCAUUAAUUUCUGUCGAUCGAUAUUAUGCCGUCUGUCACCCUCUGCACUAUCACACUAAGAUAACAAACUGUGUCACAACAACAGUGAUCCUAAUAUGUUGGAGUCUUUCUGCUUUCAUUGGGUUUGGAAUGAUAUUUUCUGGGUUUAAUAGCUGGGGCACUGAUACUCACAAUGAAACUUUUAACUGUGAGGGUAGUUGCAUUGUGCUGCAAAACAGGAUGUCAAGUGUUUUUUCUUCUGUUAUUGCUUUUAUCAUCCCUGCCCUUUUUAUUAUUGUGCUCUAUCUGAAAAUUCUCCUUGUUGCAAGGAGACAAGCCUCUUCCAUUCAAAGCAGAGUUGGUGCAAAUGUGAAUUUGCAAAAGAGCAAAGGCAAUUUCAACAAGACAGAACCAAAAGCCACAAGGACACUGGGAAUUGUUGUUGGUGUUUACUUGUCUUGCUGGGCCCCUUUGUUCAUGUGUACCUUGAUUGAUCCAGUUAGUCCCUCACUUCUCCUUCCUGAGAUUCUUAUGUGGCUCGCCUAUUUGAACUCUGGAAUAAACCCAAUUAUUUAUGCUUUCUCUUUCAGUUGGUUUAGGAAACCAUUCAAAAGAGUUUUUCUCAGAAUAUUUAAAUGUUAUUAA